GUGGCACCUCUCAGCUUCUCAAGCACCUUCUCGAGAUUAUGCUUCUCUUUGGCACAUCUAAUGUCCAAUUUUUGCUCUCAUCUCCAGUCUUCAGGUUCUUGCAGGAAAAACUUUCAUAGAUUCAGAGAGAGUGGUGAAACGAUAAGAAGAGCAUGCGCGUAGAGCAGCACAGGCGAGCUGAAAUGAGCCACAUGGGGUUUUCAAAGUUAGCUCUUUUAGUUGUGUUGGUGGACUUUGCUGUGGCGGCUUCUGCUCUCACAAUUGAUGAAGCAGUGGGCAACGCUACCAACUUGGGCACUAGCCUUGACCUAGCCAAUCGAAGAUUGAGCGGCCCCAUCCCAAGGGGUUUACACCGCCUGACCAAUCUGAAAUACCUUAACCUCUCGUGCAACGCAUUCAGCGGAGGCAUCCCCACAGAGAUUGGCAACCUUGCACAGCUUGCGCACCUGGACCUCUCCAACAAUAGCCUGUCGGGCGGCAUACCUUAUGAGCUGGGCAGCCUAACCAACCUCCAAACCCUGAACCUCUCCAACAAUGCUCUGAGUGGUCCCAUCCCUCCUGGACUUGGCGGUUUGCCCCAACUGAACCGGUUGUAUCUUUUCAACAACAGCUUAUCGGGAGGGAUCCCACCCCAGCUAGGCUCGCUCUCCAAUCUGCAGUACUUGAACCUUUCUCGGAAUGCCCUGUCGGGUGCAAUCCCCCCAGAGCUGGGACAGCUUAAGCGGUUGCGACACCUGUCGCUCCACGACAACACUUUCAGCGGCCCCCUUCCUCCUGAACUAGGCUCCCUUCCUGCACUAACCCGGUUCUACCUUUACAACAACUCGCUCUCAGGACCAAUCCCCGAGUCGCUUGAGCUAGCGCAAUGCGAGAACCUGCACUAUAUGUACCUCUCAAACAAUAAUCUUUCUGGGUCAAUCCCGCCAGAGUGGGGCCAACUGAGCAACCUCUUUGAUCUCGAUCUGAGCAACAACCAGCUCUCUGGCCCCAUUCCCGCCAGUUUCAGCAAUCUAGAUUCGCUCUUCGAUCUGAUCCUAGCCAACAACCGCCUCUCCGGGGGGAUCCCUUCGGAGCUAGGGAAACUGGGCCCGGGGGGGCUCCUUUCGAAGCUCGAUCUCCACAGCAACGCGCUCUCGGGGCCGAUUCCCCCAACACUCGGCGACAUCGUCAACUAUGGUACGGGCGGGCUCAGCUACCUUGACCUUCACGACAACCGGCUGACCGGGGGGAUCCCCCGGGAGCUCUCUCAGCUGACGCUUUCCCGGUUGGACCUGUCGGGAAACAACCUCACCGGGCCCAUUCCGGUGGAGCUGAAUGAGACGCGCGUGACCGCGCUCUUUCUCGACAACACCAACCUUUCCGGCCCAGUUCCUGAACCCCUUCUCGGCAUGAUGCGCGGGAACAACUAUGUGACAUCCUUCGGUUACUUUGCGGCGCCAACCCCCGAGAUGCGCCAGUUUAGCGAGCUCCGGUACCUCCGGCUCAAUUUCCCAACCCACGGUGCUUCCGCCCUCGACCUCUCCCUGACGCCUGCCACGUGUCAGUACGUCGAGUGGGCGGGCGAUGCGCUGACCGAGGUCCGCUUCUGGGACGCGUGCUCAGGGCAGGCUGCCGGGUGCGCCGUGAACCUGAUCGGGACGGGGUCGAAACUGUCGCGGGCGGCAAGGCGGCGCGUGUGCCUGGGGAAGAUCUCCGUUUUCUUGGCGGGGGAUCCCCCUUCGGUGGUGGAGGAAGGGCUCACGGUAGACGGGGAGUACGUCUCGUCGGCUUAUCUGACGAACAAGUAUGGGAAGUAUUUUCUGAACAGCACCGACUUUCUUGACGGAAUUGACCUCGGGCCGGAAGGGGAGGCAUAUACCGGCGUCGGGUUUGCGCGCGUACAGCGGGGAAACCUGUGCCGGAAUCCGGAAGCGGGGCGAGUGGUUGCGAUUGCAUAUUGCGUGUUCGCAGGCCUUCUCCUCCUGUCGACCCUGCUUACCUGCGUCGCUGCGCGGCGCUCCCGUCGAAAGGGCGCCGCGCUUAAUACGUCAACCAAGCCGGGGGGAGCCUGCGUCGCUGUGGCCAAGAGCGUAUGGGGCAUUGUGGCGCAUAUCGUAUGCCUCGUCGACCUGAUCACUGACGUCUUGGUCCUCGCCCAAGUAUGGGGCGCGUGGCCGAUGUGGGUCAUCCUCGCUUCGAUUCUCGCCCCGUACCUAGUUGCUAGCUUCUGGGUAAUGCAUCGCUUGUUGCUUUUGCGCCGGAGCCGCCCGCUUAUGUCCCCACUGCGUCCGCGUAUGAGGUGGAUCUGGCCGCCCCCCCCACCUAGUUCGCCGCAGGAAAGCCCGGCCGGCCCUAGCAGCAUAACCCAAAAGCUUCUAGCUUUUGUGCUACUUCCUUUAGGCGUCCCAGCGGUCGUUUUCCUAGACGUUUCUGCCAUCCUCAACCACUUCGGCGCGCAUCUAGUUCUCGGGGAUAUCGCGUACAGCGCGCGGGCGUACCACGAGUCGCGCGUUCUCGUAGAGCUACUUCUAGAGUCCAUUCCCCAGGCCGGCUUCCAAACCGCGCUAUACAUGCUGGGCAGCUCGCGCGCCACGCGCAUCUUCAUCGACGAACCGAUCUUCGUCCAGUCGAUAACCUUUUCUCUACUCAGUGUCGUCGUUCAGUAUAGCUGCACGCUUUGGGAGGCGGUGAAGGGGCGGCAAUCGCUGCGGAGAGCGCUUAGCUUGCGGCUUCGAGACGGGAGCUACGUUUUGACGGCCAUCUCUUCGGGUGUGGCAGGGGACGACUUGUUGAAUGCUGCGGAGGUUCUAGAACUUUCCAACGGAAAUUGAGCCGCUUUCAACGGGAGCCUGCUUUAAAGGAGUGUUUAUAUAGAGCGUAGCCCGUAGCUUCUGCACAAACUCUAUGGGAACCUGUUAGCAAGCCGUCAGAUUGUACGGAACUUAUCUCGCAUGGCCGUGUACUUUUAGACAGCACCUGGCAAGCAACCGAGCGUAGACAAGCAGACUUUCGUAGGAGCGAAGGUCUGGGAUGAAGCUGUCAUGUCUGGAGUAGAUGUAAGUACCAGCCAAAUCUUCUUGCAUGCUCGUUGCUUGGAGCUUAGCUUGAGACGUCCGAGGUUUAGAUGGAUCACCCAGUGCGGCCAUGCAAGUCUGCUUUUUGAGAAGCUUUGGGUAGGUAAGAUAGGUUGCUUUGUGGAUGCAGCCAUGCUUGGCAUCUGGCUAGGAGGAAGAGUCACAAACGAACUUUGUCAGAUCCAUGCCUGAUAUACGAAAUUUUGAGUACUUACAGGUCGAGUUUGCUGAAAUUAGUCGGAUAGAAGUAGGAAAGUGGUCCAAUUACACGCGACGGUGACAAGUGGUCGAUAGUUCGUUGUGCAGCGGCGCCGGGGGACUUCUUUGCGACAUGGUCCCAAUGUCCAAAGCUAAGAUAACCGACU